AUGUCCCAUACCGAUCAAUACCACGCUAAGUACGGACGAACCGUAACGGGCCGACGUUAUCCCGGACGAGGGCGACUGAUCCUUCCCGUCAUCAAGAUCUUCCACCGCAUCGUGUCGAUCUGGAGGCCUAACCGCGCCGCCGCCGUCGCUGACCCGUCCGACCCCUUGCCCCUGACGCCGACGACGCUGCAAAGCACGCUGUGGCCAUUCAUCUCGCACUGCUACCUGUCACCGCCGCACCGACUUACGCGGUGGUCGCUCGACUGUCUCGCGGUGCACCCAGAGUUCGAGAAGCGUGGACAUGGGCGGGCGCUGGUCGUAUGGGGUCUGGACCGCGCCCGUGAAGAAGGUAUCCCAGCCGUCGUCAUGGCGGCCGCCGACAAGGAGCGGUUCUACCAGCGCUGCGGGCUGACCGAGGUGGCGGGCUGGGCCAACGACGGUGUCGAUGACCAGGGAAGAGUCAAUCCCUUGAAGGGCCGCAUCCGGGGUGGGUGUAUCCUGUAUACGCCGGUGUCGGAGGAUGAUGAGUGGGAGAGAAUGCAUUCCAAAAGGGAGUGA